AUGCAAUGUGCCACUUUAGGCACAUCUAUCAUAAGUUGGCCAUACUCAUUGUUUUUAACUUUUUCUCUUUUUCUCCAUUUGUUUUCUCCAUUUUUUAUUUUCCUUUCUUCUUAUAUUCUUAACUUUCCAAUUGUUUCUUUCUUUACUCUUUUUUUCUUCCUCUUUCUCUCUUUCUUAAUUUUUCUCUUUGCUUUUUUUUUUGUCCUCCUUUGUAUUCUUUAUUCUAUUCCAUCCUAUUCUAUUACACUUUCCUUGCACAACUUUCUCUACAUUACAGUAUCUGCUUUUCUUUCCAUCAUUUCACUCCUCCUUCUUGCCUAUUUCACUCUCUCUCCCCCCCCUUUCUUUCUCCUUACUCUUACAUUUUUACUUUCUCUUUCCUUUAAUAUCUUUCUUGUUCUUCACCAUCUUUCAUACUCCCCAUUCUCCAAUUAUACUUUCUUUUGUUCAUCCUUUUUCCUAAUUGCUCUCUUUCUUUAG